CUCGAGCAUACUUUGGUCCUCAGACAUUCGUCUGGUCCCUAGGCCCGACACGGCAGGGGAAGUCACGCUGGGACGCGAAAGAUACCAGCAUGCUCGCCCGACUGCGCUGCAAGCGCUCCAGCCUUCGGAUUACAGCUCUGCGCCCGCUCCACCAUCAAUCCGUCGUUGAUGGGGUCUUCAUAGUAUCGGAUGCGCAGGAGUGUGAUGCGAAGCGGGAGGCUCUGACCAAGUCGCCUGCUUUUGUGGCUGCUGUCCCCAGGUAUCGGGAUUCCCUAGUACUGCUGUUCAAAC